AGAUACUUCAAGAAAAUAGUAUAAAUUCUUAUAGGGCAUGAAAAUGAUUUCAUUGAAAAAUUCAUACACAACUAUGCAUUGGCCUUGUUCUGGUAGUCCAAAAUGUAAAGGAUACUUCAUUUACCCACAAGGAAGAAAUGCACAUCAGCUAGGAUGUAAUUAUGCAUUAAAACAUAGAAUAAGAAGAUGGACAGUUGGACUUAAAAAGAAAUGUGGAUUCAUUCGGGAAAGGAAUUAUUUUACUAAUGAUGAUGAAAUAGGUUGUAUUAAACUAUCACGUAUAAAUGUUAUGACGUACUCUAGAAAAUUGGAUUGAAAUUCAGUAUGUUUUUGACGUACCAUCAAAUACUAUUUAAUACAAUAUUAAUUAGCUUUAUUGUUUCUUUUUUUAGUCUUCAAGUUGUUAUCUAAAUUAAUAGUCUUUAGUAAAAUGAGAAAUUAACGACUUUUCAAUUAUCUCUUUCCUAUGGUUCAAAAAAUGAUCUGUAAUAUGACAAAAGAAUGAGAUCAAAAAAAUAUUGAUUGUCUUAUGGAUAUAUAUUUGUAUAUUAAAAAGGAUGUCACUAUGUACCUUUAGAUAAAUGGUAAGUCACAUUAAGAUAUUUCAAAUCUACUAUUCAUUACUAAGUAGACUUGAAUUUUGAUUGUAUAUAUCAUACACAUGAUCCUUAUCUUUAAAAUAAAUUUGUAUAUUAC